CAAUGUAUACGGGCGAUAUAUUUUUUAAGUAAAUCUCCCAUUCGCUACAAUUUUUGUAAUUACAGCUACGUUUCCAUCAGAAAAAGUCUUUGGUCGCCCUGGCCUUGGCAAAUCUUUAAGCGUUUUCACUCAACAAAAACUGUGCUUAAUGAAACUGUAUAAUCUCCAUAAAUCUGAUAAAUUUUACUUAACAUUACUUUUGCAGGUAUAUAAAAAUACCUCAUAUCACUUUGAUAUAGGUUCUUAUUUCAGCUUUAAUUUUUGUAUUUCACUGGGAGAAAAGUGUCAGUAUGUACGACUGCCUUUUCCCUUUUGUAUGUAACUUUUGAAACAGUGAAUUAAAGUAUGAAUGUAUCUACCCGGCCUUGACAUUGGUAUUGGUCAUUUACAACAACUGUCUAUGAAAACAUUACUUGUGUCAUUUUAUUAUCCCUUGUGCCAUUUUAAGAAUUGGUUUUUCUUUAUCAGGAAAAGAAAUCCUUGUCAAUGUCCUUGUUUUAUUUUUAUAAUGCCUUCAUUAUGUUUUUUUUUUUUUACAAAUUAGCCAGGCUCUCUGAACCUGCUCUGUCCAUAGCUAUGAAACUAAAGUGGUGGUUAAUUUAGAUGUAUUGAUUUGUGAGAAUUCAAAAGGAUAUUUCCCUGUAAUAAUUUAAUACUACUAUGUGUAUUAUGUCUGACUUUCGACUAAAUACGUUUUCUUUGUUAAAAUUAAAAUGAUGCUGAUCCACUUGCUCUUUUUUGUGCCUUUAACCCUUUUCACUAAUAUACAAGCCUUUAGCAGUGGAUGUCGAAGACCGGAUGGUGUCCAUUGUUGCUAUAAUGAAUAUUUUGACGUGGAGAACAAAGCUUGUAGAGAAUGCAGUCCCGGGAAAAUAGGCUGGGGAUGUAAAGAACCUUGUAAAGAGGGAUAUUAUGGACAUUUGUGUCGAUUGGCAUGCACGUGUAAAUCUAUUUAUUGUAACCCAGUAUUUGGAUGCUUGGCAACAACCUCUAAUGGAGGCACUGCCAUCCUAGCCCCCAAAGAGUACAAUUUGGAGAGAAUCGGUCACUCUAUUUCACCCUAUUCAACAAGAAAGCAUGGAAUGCGUUUGUCUACAAAAGACAAGUCAACCCUAGAAUCAUCGACUAUGGAGAUAUCUUUGGAGAAAGGGGCAACAGAUCAUAUGCAUGGUAAAUAUAACCCUAAAAUUUAA